AUGGCUUCCAGUCGGCAGACGUCGGGGACGAGGGAGAAGAACCAGGCGAGCUCUUCGGGGUUUAGGAGAUUCCUGAGGAAGAACUGGCUUUUGAUGGCCACCCUUCUGUCCGUGCUGGCAGGGGUCGGACUGGGAGUUCUGGUUCGGGAGUAUGGCUCCCUGUCCCGACUCCAGAAGCAGUAUCUGGGCUUCCCAGGAGAGGUCCUGAUGAGGAUGCUGAAGCUGGUCAUCCUGCCGCUCAUCGUCUCCAGCAUCAUAACAGGAGUGGCUGCUCUCGAUUCUCGGGUGUUGGGAAGAAUCGGUGCUCGUGCACUAGUGUUCUACUUCUCCACCACCAUCAUCGCGGUCGUCCUUGGGAUUGUCUUGGUGACGACCAUCAAGCCAGGGGCUUCCUAUCGAGCAGACAUUCCUGACGGGACGGGGUCCGUGCCGCAAGUCAGAACCGUGGAUGUUCUGUUGGAUCUAUUCAGGAAUAUGUUUCCAGACAAUCUUGUCCAGGCUUCCUUUCAGCAGUACAAGACAAGCCGCAAAGAGGAUAAAGCCUGUCAGCCACUGGCCAAUGCCUCCGUCACUGUGAGCGUCCCCUGUGAUGUCACCAGAGCACCGACGGAGAAUAUAACCAAGGACUACGAGACAGUAGGGGUCUACACCAAUGGGAUCAAUGUUCUGGGCCUCAUCGUCUUCUGCGUGGUGUUUGGGCUGGUCAUCCGGCAGAUGGGAGACAGAGGCCACAUUCUGGUGGAGUUCUUCGAUGCUUUGAAUGAAGCCACCAUGAAGAUGGUCGAGAUCAUCAUGUGGUACACGCCUGUCGGAACAAUGUUUCUAAUUACGUCCAAGGUCCUGCAGGUGGACGACUGGGACAUCUUCCGGAAGUUGGGGCUCUACAUGGCAACCGUACUGAGUGGGCUAGCUAUCCACUCCAUGGUCGUCCUGCCACUACUCUACUUCGCCUUUGUAAGGAGAAACCCCUUCCCGUUCAUCUUGGGCAUGAUGCAGGCCCUGCUGACUGCCCUCACGGUUUCCUCCAGCUCGGCCACGCUGCCCGUGACCCUCCAAUGUGCUGAGAGGAACAACAGGAUCGACAGGAGGGUCACUCGCUUCAUGCUGCCAGUGGGCGCCACCAUCAACAUGGACGGCACCGCGCUCUACGAGGUCGUGGCGGCCAUAUUUGUGGCUCAGCUGCACGACUAUGACCUGGAUGUGGGGAGGAUCGUCAUCAUCAGCAUCGCUACAACAGCGGCUAGUAUUGGGGCAGCAGGAAUGCCCAGUGCAGGUCUGGUAACCAUGGUGAUUGUCCUGACAGCAGCUGGUCUACCAGCGAGUGAUGUCACUCUUCUUAUUGCAGUGGAUUGGUUCCUAGAUCGAUUUUGCACCAUGAUCAACGUGCUGGGUGAUGCUAUUGGAGCUGGAAUAGUCCAAGCCCUAUCGAAGAAGGAGCUGGAGAAGAUGGACCACACCUCAAACGCGGGUGUGAUCAACCCCUUCGCCCUGGAUAUGGCUAACAAUGACGACUGUGAGAGGAACAUGUGUGUCAGUGAAGGAUUUGCGGUUGAGAGUUCUGACGCUGUGUCAUUCACGCAGACCUCUCAGUUUUAGGGCGUGUCCAUUGGUUUCCCAGAAUGGUUGGUCUAAACCCAGUGACCUCACUACUGGGAGGUGGCUGGGAGUUAGGGGCUCAGAGACAAACGGGCUCAUAAUCGAGUCUCAUAUAUGACAUAAUCAAUGUGGCAUCAUUACUGCGACACACCAAGAAAAGUGGAGAGAAACUGAUGAUGAUGAUAAUGAUGAUGAAGACAGAAUCAGGUAUACAUUCAAAUCUAGACAUACUGAGCUUCAAGUCCACUGCACCCCUCCAGUAUUUUUGUAUAUAUAGGAAAAGAGUCUCUGAUGAUUAAUGUAUAUAAUUUUGUAAUUGCAUGUUUCCAGUAAGAAGGUAGAUACAAAGUCUGGUCAUGUCAGACUAUGUAUUUACAUUUUUCUAUAAAAUGUUUCAUUACAUACAGUAAACAUGCCAAAGUGUAAAGACCUAGGGCACAUCUGUUUUUGGGAAAUGGGCUCCAAAUGGUUUGAGGUAAGAUUCUUCCGUAUGGUAAUCGGUGCCUGACCUCUGUCCAAUUAUAUGGUAAAAAAAAUUUUAAAUGAUAAAUCCUUUAUCUUCCAUUUGCAAAAGUGAUGGUACAGAUAGAAGAUGGUAUCCUAGGAAACACUUUGUGAGAUAUAUUUAGAGAGUUGGUUUAACAAGA